AUGGAGCACUGCGAAAACUUUAAUCACUUUGGGGCGUCGAUCUCGAACGGAUUCGACAAUCUCUCGAUGAUGAACCAGGCGCGAAAGCAGAUUAUUGAUCACACGGAAUGGGUCUGGCUUGGUGGGUAUUUCGAUGGGAAGCGUGUCAUUUGGAAGGACGGGGUGAACUCAACGUAUCGCAACUUUGCAGCGGCCGACCAACCAGCUGGCCACAUCGUCGCCAACCUGAAGGAUGGUAGCUGGGACACUGUGCGCCACGGUAAUUACCCAGUAGCGUGUGUGGGCUUGAAAACGCCAACACGCUGCACCUCAACGGAAUUUAUCGGCGAGCCGGUUCCGCCAUGCGAUCCGGAAUGGUUGUAUGCCCCAAGUACGAAAGGCUGUUACAAGUUAAUCGGUGACUUUGCUGGGUUCCAAUGGGCUGCGGCCCGUGAUCGAUGCCUGGCUAUGGAUGCCGAUCUAGCAUCGAUCCAUUCGGAUGAGGAAAAUCGAAUCGUGGCAAGCGUCGCACAACAAUAUUCGCCUGUAUCCCUGCAGACGCCCUAUUAUAACUAUGGCGGUACCUGGAUAGGCGCGAAAACGGCAGACCCAAAAACGAACGACUUCCAGUGGUCGGAUGGUACGAAAUUCGGUUAUACCAAUUGGACCCCUGGCAGACCGUCAACGAACGUUGAGCCGCAUCUCUAUGUGCUGAUGGUGACGGCGCGAUUCAACUAUACCAAGGAACCGUUCAUCAACUAUUCGCUCUACUUGAACCGGUGGACAAACGUUCGAGAAACUGAUUGUUAUACCGCAGUCUGCAAGAAAAGGGCCAGAUAU